GGCUAAGAAAUAAGACUGUCUCCACAAGUACACAACUCAUUUUUCUGAGUAUGGAAAACACAUGUACUCAAACAUUUUUAUCUGUAUCACAAGAUGAAACUGAAUACUACCUACAUCCAAAGUGUGAUAAAACAGAAAGUAAUCAAAAAAACAUAGAGGAAGAGGAGCAGCAAAAGUUAGAACAAAGCAUCUGCUGUGUUAACAGGUAUCAGCCACCACCAAAUGAGCCUGUAUAUUUAUCAGAAAGACAAAACAACUGGGCAUUAGAAAAGGAAAGUUGUGAUAGGGCAAGAAAAACUUGUGUGAGAGAAUUUUUCCAUUUUCAAAUUUGUAAUAGUAAACAAUUGCCACAUAGAGUAUUAGAAAAUAAACUGUCCACCAGAAGACAGAGUCCUGAAAAUGAAUAUCAAAAUAUUGUACAAGAUGACAUUUCUUUGAAUGUGUAUGGACAGCCUCUUGAAACAGAGUUUUGCAAUGUGUGGAAUGCUACUAACACAUGCAAAAAUCUACAGGUUCUAAAACCCAUCCAAGUGCUUCAGGACAACAAUAUAGAACAAAAUAAAAUAAAAGAUGAUAAUGAACUUAAACAAAAAUGUUUAGUUACAUCUUUAAACAGAGAUUUAUUUCAGAUGGAAAUGUUAAGUCAUAGGUCUGUCUCUGAUAAAAGGUGGAGACAAUAUCAACUUCUGCAAGUUCCAUUUUUAUCUGGUACCAGUUCUAUGCUUUCACAGAUAGAACAUGAGAAAAAUAUUUUUCUGGAAAAAGUAUGCAGUUCAGAAAACAAAGAUUAUUACAGUAAUGCCCAUCAAACUACUACAGAAAGAGAUAAUAAAGAAAAAUACAAUUCAUAUAUAAUUCCAGCAUCAAAACCUUUUAAAAGUAUACAGCCACUGGAAAUUCCCAGUUUUUUAAUGAAAGAACACACAUUUGAUUUUCCUAGUAUUUCAAAUAAGAUAAAUAAUAAAAUGCCAUCAACUAAAUUGAAGGAGGUGGAUGGAAAGACUCCUAAAGACCAACCAUCUUUGAUGCCAUCUAAACAGAUAAAUGGUGUGCAAAAAAUAUCUGAGAUAGGGAACCAAAAUCUGCAAAAUGAUGAAAACAUUGUACAAGCAUCAUCUGUUGGUUCUGAAAGCAAAGAGAAGAAUUGCCAGUCGGUUAGGAAACAAGAGUACAGUGCUUGGGCAGAAGGAGACAAAGUGUCUGCAACUUAUUUCAGAGAUAUCAACACUGAUAUUGAAUGUAAUCAAAUAUUUGAUGAAAGUGAUUUUAAAGAUAAGAUGCUGGAGAAAUCAGAUGGUGAAGAUGACCAGAAGUCAAGGAUCCAUAUUUACAUCAGUGCUAAAAAAGUUCAGAAUGAGAAAGUUAUCAGCAGUAUGGAUAUUAUGAAGGGACUGGGGAGGAAGAACAGUCAUAACAGGAUAACAUUUAAUAUACAGAAAAGCAUUCUAGCAGCAACAGAAGCAUUAGAGAAAAAUAAGUUAGACAUUCACUAUGGUCUGCGUAAUUCCAAUGCUGAUAUUAGAUUGCAUGAAGCCGCAUCAAUAGAAAUACAUGACUUCAACAGAUAUUUAACUAAAAACAUUAUAAUUGAAAUUUUGAAUCGCAUAAUGGAUGCCAGAGAAGAUAUUUUUCUAGAACUUCAAGUGAUGAAAAGUCCACUUUUCUAA